UCUAGCCUGUGUUUGUGUACUUAUGUGACUGCUCAGUGUAGUAACUGUAUUGCUGUGAAGCUUAAUGGGUUUCAAUAUUUUUUAUGGCUUUGCUGUGCUGAGGUAGUAAGUUGUGUUGUUGGGGAUUUGAUUUGAUUCGCCCCCCUUACUGGAGAUAACUAUACAGCUUACUGCCUUCCAUAGCAGAGCAUCUUUGCCUCAGCAAGUACAAAUUACCAUGAUUUAUUCUCCCUUCACUCUCAAAGAUGUACCUUUUGAUUUGGCAUAACCUUAAUGUCUUCUGAAGCACAGUUGAAUGAUGCCCAAGAUGUCCCCUUGUUUGCAAAUAAUAAAUAAAACAACAUGUAAUGUCUGCCGUUUGUCCUGAUUGAGAUUGCACAGUUCACAUAUUAUUUAUAUUAUUCAAUGUAGUUCAGUAUAUUAUUUAUUCAUAUAUUGUAAUGACCGCCAUGAGUCUUGUAUGUAUGUGAGAAAAUCAUUUGAAUACUUGAUAAAUACACUGUUGAGUAAGUAUGCACAAGUUGGAAACAUCAGAAGAAGAGCAUGAAGUUGUUGCCCUAGGUGACCUUUUGUGUCAUUAGUUAUUUCAAUCCUGAUUGGAUGAACUUUCCAUCAAUCUUUCGCAUUGGAGUCAAUGACCAGAGGGGGCGUUUUACAUAGCAGGAUUUCCAUUGGUUAAGCACUUGCGGUAGGUUCAGUGCUACACCAGUAAUCUUACCAAUCGACGCAAGUGACUUGACGUUAGCGUGUGAACAUGGCGAACAUCAGGAGUGUCAAGGGCAUGGUUGGACUGGUCACCGGAGGGGCCUCUGGUUUGGGCCGGGCCACCGUGGAACGUCUGAUAAGUCAAGGGGCUAGCGCAGUGAUCCUGGAUCUGCCUGGUUCGGACGGACACAACCUGGCCACUAGUCUUGGCGACCGAUGUGCCUUUGCCCCAGCUGAUGUUACGUCGGAGUCAGAUGUGCGUGCUGCCGUGUCCCUGGCUCGCGAGAAGUUUGGUCGUCUUGAUUUGGCCGUAAACUGUGCUGGUAUCGCUGUUGCCGUGAAGACGUACAACUUCAAAAAGGACAUUCCACACAGCCUGGAGGACUUCACGCGCGUCAUUACUGUGAACAUAGCUGGUACCUUUAAUGUUAUUCGACUGGCUGCUGGUGAAAUGGGGAAAAAUGAGCCGAGUGCUGAUGGGCACCGAGGCUGCAUAAUCAACACAGCCAGCGUAGCUGCCUACGAUGGACAGGUGGGCCAGGCUGCCUAUUCUGCGUCCAAAGGUGGCAUCGUGGGCAUGACUCUACCCAUCGCCCGUGACCUCGCCCCUAUGGGGAUCCGUGUGGUCACCAUUGCUCCUGGUCUGUUCUCCACGCCGCUGCUAGCUGGUUUGCCAGAGAAGGUGCAAAGCUUCCUGGCUCGUCAAGUGCCCUUCCCCUCCCGCCUGGGGGACCCUGCGGAGUUUGCGCACCUGGUGACGUCGAUCACAGAGAACCCCAUGCUCAACGGGGAGGUGAUUCGUCUGGACGGCGCCAUCCGCAUGCAGCCCUAAGAGACCCUGGAGGAGGGAAAAGGAAUCCCAGUCGCCAGGGGAAGCGUUUGUGUGGGUGUUUUAUUUGAAUGCGCGCGGUACAUGAACGCUGUCAGAGACACGGAUGCAGAAGUGUGAGGUGCUGGACCAUUGUAAAUAAUAAAUUCAACAAGUGGUAUUAAAAAAGAAAAAUCAGGCACUAGGACAGAUGUACUGAAGCAGUGGUGGUUUGACUCUAAUUCCUUUUUAAAACCACUUCUGCUCAGAAUGCAUUCAGAAUGCAUUAUGUAGAUACUGUAUCGAAACACUCCAUGUCUUGUGGGCAUUUGACUGCGGUGUGCUGUGCUAAUGUUCCUUCUGAAGAUACGGGGUGUUUCAUUUCUUGAAGUGCAUUUACUUGACAAUGAGUUUUAGUAUUUGGUAACAUAAAACUGUGUGUCUGUCCUCUGAAUGUGGCUCGUUUGCUUCUCACUUUUUGUAAGAGUCGCAUCGUAAAGGAAAACCUUAUCAAUUCACACCGCUGGGAAUCAGGGACUGUCAUGUGUGUGUGAAAUGUGAAAUAAAAGCAAAGAUGAGAUACCAUUGA